GUCGUAGCGGCGCGGCUUCGACGACACAAUGGCCGACAAGAAACAGCUGACUCAUCUUCAGUUUUUGUCUCAACGUGGGAAGGUGCGUCGCAAAUGGGAUGAACUGCUGCUGGUCAUCAACAACGUGGCCACCACCUCAGGUGGUGAGUCAGUUGAGGCUUCUCCCACGAGCAAUGCAGGCAGAGCUCGGUCGAGGGGUCAACUGAAAGCAGCGCAGGAACUCAUGUCCAAAGGACAGUCCACAGGCGACUUGACCCGUUCCUCGCCGGUCCGCCGAGGGCGACCGGCCUGGAAUGACAGGCAUCACCUGUUGUACUCCACUGUCAAUGACAAGAUGCAAAAAAACGUCCGGGCAUAUUUCGAUCGUCCGCGUGAAAUCGAUGCGUAUGGCACGCGCUAUGACGACCCCCUGAGGACCAUCUGGCAGCUAGACACGCCCAUCGCGGCGCCGCCCCCGGGCACCUCAAUGCCGUUGUCGCCCUCCUCAGUCGCGAAUGCUGAGAGGAUGGAGAAAUUCUCCAGGAGUUAUUCAGCUCCUAAGCUGACUGGAGGGCAGCUGAGGGAAGCCAGGUGGGACUCCAGGCAUCACAUCUUGUUUGCAAAGGACAAUCAUUACUUCCAAGCGAAUCUGAGAGAAUACUUCGAAAGGCCAAGGUAUUUGGCAGUCUGACGGCCGAGACCGCUGAGGCGUUGCAUCGAUCAGUGGCUGAU